GCGUGCACUGCUUUACUUCUUCUACAUCAAGAUGGCGACCCCCGGUGCUGUGCUCUCCAUGUCCAAAAUCAUGAAUCCCUUUUGGGGUGGACGCCUUGGGAAUACUGUCAAAGUGUUUGGAACAACGCUGACAAGUCACAGGAGUAAGACCAUGCUGAAUGGAGGAAAUAUUCCUCCUCCAGCAAAGUAUGGAGGGAGACACACUGUGACCCUCAUACCUGGAGAUGGAAUCGGCCCAGAGCUGCUCAAUCAUGUCAGAGAGGUUUUCAGAUUUAGCUGUGUUCCCGUGGACUUUGAGGUGGUGCAUGUGAACUCUGCUCUGGAGACUGAGGGUGAUAUCAAUAAUGCCAUUACUGCCAUCCGUCGCAAUGGAGUGGCCCUCAAAGGUAACAUUGAAACCAAACAUACCAUGGCACCAUCUGUUAAAUCCAGAAAUAAUCUCCUUCGCACGAGCUUAGACCUGUACGCCAAUGUGAUGCACUGUCAGUCCCUCCCUGGAGUCCAGACUCGUCACAAGAACAUUGACAUCAUGAUCAUCAGGGAGAACACAGAGGGAGAGUACAGCAGCCUGGAGCACGAGAGUGUAUCAGGGGUAGUGGAGAGUCUCAAGAUCAUCACCAGGAACAAUUCCCUCAGGAUUGCUGAGUACGCUUUCCGCCUGGCCAAGGAGAAAGGUCGCCGUAAGGUCACUGCUGUACACAAGGCCAACAUCAUGAAGCUGGGUGAUGGCUUGUUCCUGGAGUGUUGCAGAGAGGUGGCCUCUGGGUACCCAGACAUCACAUUUGAAAGCAUGAUUGUGGACAACACCACCAUGCAGCUGGUGUCCAAGCCCCAGCAGUUUGAUGUGAUGGUGAUGCCCAAUCUCUACGGGAACAUAGUGAGCAACGUGUGCGCAGGCCUGGUGGGAGGGCCUGGCCUUGUGCCAGGGGCUAAUUUUGGCCGUGACUAUGCUGUCUUUGAAACGGCCACGAGGAACACAGGGAAGAGUAUUGCAGACAGGAACAUUGCCAACCCCACUGCCAUGCUGCUCGCCAGCUGCAUGAUGCUGGACCACCUUAAGCUCUAUGAUCACGCAACUUCAAUCAGAAACGCUGUCCUUAUUACCAUGAAUGAAACUCGGUUGCACACAGCUGAUAUCGGUGGUCAGGGCACCACAUCAGAGGUGGUCCAGUCCAUCAUGAGGUACAUCCAGAGUAAAGGGCAGCUUACGUCUGACCUGUAAACUCACGCAGUCAUUAAAGGUGAAGAGGUGUGUGUAUCUGGGACAGGUGCAGAGUACCAAAGAGGAUGUCCAUGCAUGAUUGUUUCCAUCAAGCCACGUCUUAUCACAGACAUCAGAAUGGUUCCUGUUUAUUUGUUCAUAUUCAAACAGCUUUCUGACCAAUUCAGCGCACAAACAACCAUUUGUCCACAGCUGUGAGUUUCAUGUAUGUUCCCAACUGAUGCUAAAACGGUUUACUAUUGAUUUAAAAAGCAUUGCCUUCUUGUAUUUCCUGAGUUCAUGAGGUUCAGUCUGUUGAAAAUCUGAACUCCUACAAAUGUUCAACAAUGUGCAAAACUUGCAGCAUGUGAUUCAUCAAACACAUGUUGGGCUAAGAAAUAUCCAUAAUAUCCUAAUAUGGCCAUGAGGUAUCAACUUUGCCUUCUUCAUUGUGAAUCAUUAUUUAUUUUUUAAAUUACAGUUCUGUUGUGCAAUUUAGAUUUAAUGCCUUAAAUGUUGUUUGUUAUUGGUCAAGCUGACAUUGUAAUAUGUUGCCUGUUGUACUCUGUAACGUCCCAUGUGUUCACAUCAGAUCAACCGUAUUUUAAUGUCAGAUAUUAACGGUAACAUCAGAAGAGGUGUGCAUCAAAUAACUGUCAAAGGUCAAAUUUAAUGUUUGUGCCAUUAUUACAUUUUUACUUUAUCAUGUGAAAGUAUACUGUAACAUGUCUGUGGAUGGGAAUAAAUACUGUAACACAAAUAUUAUCAAUAAAGAAAUAGUCUAUGUAAAAGGGAACUUUAUGGACAGAGAGGUUUAAAUGUGAAACAUUUCUCUACGGAUUUAUUAAGAUCAAUAGAUUUUAGUAGCAAGGUUAAUGGGAACAGCAAUCAUAAAACUCAAGAAUUGUUUGGAAAUCACUCAUUUUGGUGGCAGCAGUCACUUUGUGACUUUGAAUUUACAAACGUUUUUGUUGUCACCUUGUGUAUUAAUAAAAAAAAAAACACCUAUUUAAUGCAAUAAAGUUUAACAGAACGACA